AUGGACCCGAGCGAUGGUGGAGCUCAAUCAUACAUUGAUGCCCUCUGUUCGCAGAUAAGGAACAGCCUCGUCAAAUCCACCUCAGGGCAGUCCUUUCUGCCUAACGACAAGCUCCACGAAAUAUUCAGCUUCACCACAAUCCAGCGCGCCGUCGAGAACCUGAAUUGCAAGAUAGACGACCGCAUCAGCUUGUCGAGUACUAUACACAAUGAGGGCAAAAGAGUGUUCGCCAUGCUCAUAUAUAGCAGAUGCCCAGAUCAGAUUGUGGAAUUUCGCAAACACAGGUUUCUUGAUAGCCGUCUCCCGCUGAGCGAAGUUGACGCGGAGCGCAUUGUAGGCAAACACGUUGGCUAUCUUCUAUUUGACACUUUUCAGUGGAUUUUCUGUCCUUAUGAAUUCUCAAAGACCAUGUGCGAGCAUCAUCAUGAAAUACAAAAAGGGGUCAUUCUCCCGUUCAUUAGUGUCGAGCCGGUUGGUAACGGCGCAUUCGGUGAGGUCAAGAAAGUCAAUAUUUUGGCGUCUCAGCAAGAUUUCAUGGAUGCAAAGGCAAUAGCACUCAAAAAGCUCAACAGUGGCGGAGCAACAGAAUGGCUUGAGAGAGAGAAGAGUUGCCUGCGACUCCUGAAUCGGUUGGAGCACCCCAACAUCAUUCCUUUUCUGGGCUCCUACACGUACCUAGAGGAUAAUUACUUACUAUUCCACUACAUUGACUUGGACCUUUGGAAAUUUCUGAGCGCGCAAGUACGCUAUGGAGACUUCAAAUGGGACUGCACCUUCUACUCGUCGCUCGCGGGACUUGCAUCGGCCUUGUCCACAACACACAAUUUCCAUCUCACUGAUGUUAAGCACGGCAUUGACUUGAAGGCCACUGGCUAUCAUCAUGACCUACGUCCGCCAAAUGUCCUGGUCGGGCCCGAUACCUUUCUUCUGGCCGACUUCGGACUGGGGAAAGUGAAGCCGGAGAAUGUACAUUCCAACACUGGAUACAAGGCAACAUGUGGUGAUUAUAUUGCGCCCGAGUGCACCGACGUGGAAGAAAACCCAAACACAGUGGGCCGAGCAAUUGACGUUUGGGCCUUUGGUUGUCUUCUCAUCGAUGUCGUCACCUACAUGUUGAAGGGGCCGUCGGGGGUUGAAGAAUUCCGCGCCAAGCGAUUGAUGCCUGCAAGGCUUCCUCAAUGGAAGGAUUCCGUCUUCUAUCAGCCUGAAGGUGACCUCAAGCAAGAGGUCCGCCAGUGGAUAGAGGACCUAAUUCGCGACCAACCCGAUUCGGUGAUGCCUCGCCAGCUGCUUGAGAUUUCGACUGAUUCUCUCCAACGUGAACCGCGAAACAGGCCCAGCAUGGACACUCUACAUCAGCGCUUGUCUAAUUUAAGCAUACGAAAGUACUUCUCGACCAUCCUAGACACCUUUCAAGAAACCUACAAGUUAGAAGAGCAGCUUCAUCCUCAAGCCCAGCGCCAUCUUGAGGGUCUUCGAUACGCACAGACACGAUUCAAGAUAUGGGGCAACACGCUUUCCCAACACAAUGACAUUGUUUCCGCCUAUGGAUUAGAGCAAAUAGAAAUGUCUAUGGAUAUCCUGAAAAAUAUACUCCGAAUGAUGGAAAGAUCGCAGAGGGAUAUCAGGACCGAUGGAUCUGGCAAUAAACCCCUAGUACGAAGCAUCAACAGCCUAUGGGACUUACUACCGGGCUCUCUCCGUCGGUCGGCUGAUUUCCAAUGGCAGCAGGAGACCAAGAGCACUGAAAUAGGCCACAGCCAAAACGCCCAAGACCAAAGUGAUGCAAUCCGUGAAGUCGAAUUGGCUGAUGGUCCAUCCGUUGUCGACAAUCACCUUGCGUCUCAAUUCGAAUUAGCCGCACGCACAUUCGAGAAGAAACUCCCGAAGCCCGACCUUUGGGUUCAGAUACUCGAGGUGACUUCGGUGAGUGAUUUAUACACAAUCACUGACAGUCUCCAAGAGGAGCAACGUCAGAAUAGUGGGCUCCGCAACCUGUCAAAGAUACAGCUUUAUCUGAAACGCCUCGAGGGUUUUGCAAACAUCAUCAGCGAUGUGGUAUCGAAAAGUCGAAAUGUUUUGGCAGUCAUCUGGGGACCACUUGCACUUCUUCUGCAGUGGGCUAAGACGCUGGAUUACGCUUUUGACUGUCUCUUAGGCGCCUUUGCUGAGGUAGGGAAAAGGUUGCCAGACUUUAUGGAAAUCGAUCAGAGUUCUGCGACGAAGGAGAUCCUAUUCCUCUUCUUCAAAGACUUGAUAGAUAUCUAUCUUGAGAUACUCAAGCCUUUCAAUCAUCCCAAAUGGAUGCAUGUCUUUGAAAGCUUUUGGCCAAGAUACGAGUUGCACAUACAAGAAAUCGUAUGUCAUGUUGAAAGGCACACUAGACUGAUGGGAAACAAUGUACAGAUCCAAGCAGAAGAAGAGUUUCGGAACAGGGCAUUAGAAAGCUUCAGAGACCAGCGUCUUGCAACUACGCGCCAAGAGUUCAACCGAAUCAAGACAUCUUUUAGCCCCAGUAGAUACGACAACAAGCUCUACCGUCUUCGCGAUCUUCGCUGCCAGGGACCUGCCGAUUGGCUCUUUGACAAUACGACCUUUUCGAAAUGGAUCAACGGCGUAGAACAGGAGCCCAGAAUCUUGUGGAUAAAAGGGAUUCCAGGAGCAGGCAAGACAUUCCUCUCCAGUGCGGUUGUCAGUCGGUUUCAACAAACGACAGAGGCCAUGACAGCCUUCGCGUUCUUGACAUACGAAGAAGCCGAAACCACAGCGCUGUCAACCAUUCACUCACUAAUCUUCCAGUUGGCCGAAAAACACGAAGAUCUCAGAACUAUCAUUUGUGAAUCAACUAGUGAAGCUUUACGAAGCGACCUUUCUGCUACAGGCAAACUUCUGUCGGAUCUCAUCCACUGCGCUGGGCCAGUCUACCUUGUGAUUGAUGGCAUCGAUGAGAUCAGCGAAGCCGAGCGCGGUAGGCUUAUUGCAGAAGUUGGCAAGAUUGCCGAGAUUUGUGUACAGGCAAGGAUCAUUUUGAGUUCACGGCCUGAAGCGGAUAUAGUACGGGGAUUGGGAGACGCUGUUACGACAAUCACGAUUCAAGACCACAAUGAAGCAAGCAUAGAAAGCUACAUCCGUCAGCGGAGUCAGGAAAUUUUCAGCGAGCGCCAAAUGCCCAAAAGCGCUCUGAAGAGCAUUUUGGAACUCUUGUCUCCAUUGGCAAGUCAAGCGAAAGGGAUGUUUCUUUACGCUCGACUGGUGAUGGAUAUGGUCUCGUCAAUGAAUGACCUAUCGGAGAUGGAGGAACAGUUCGGAGUACUUCCAGAAAACCUCGAUGAUGCGCAAGUCUCCCAUUACGAACAACUUUAUUACCGUAUCAUUCAGCGUCUUGGACAACAGAAGGACAAGAAGCAAGCACAACGAGCCCGACGGCUCUUGGGAUGGAUAGCCUCCUCCCCAAUUCCUAUGAGUGUCGAGGAAGCUACUCAAGCAUUAAUGGUCAACCCAGACAAGAGGGACCAAGUCUUCAAUAUAAUGGUGCUUGACGUCGUCAAGAUGCUCGGCCCAAUUGUCGAGACAGUGGAUACCCAUAUCCACUUUGUGCACUUCACUGCAAAAGAAUACAUAGUGAGCCCUCACCUCGGAACACGAGUGAUUGACAGUACUGAAGCUACAUUGAGUUUGGCGCUGUGCUGCAUCAACUAUCUAUGCCAAAGUCAUCAUGAUUCUGAUGUCACACCAGAGGAGAUUUCAAAGAAAGUUCUAACAGGGCAAUACGGCUUCCAUUCCUUUUCCUCAAUAAUGUGGUUCGAUCUGGUCUGUCAGUAUUUUCAAAUGCUUAGGUCAGCCAAUCCAUCAAUCAAGUUGAUUCAGUCUAUCCAAAGAUUGUUCGAUACCAGGAAAACUGAUCAUCUUGCAUCCACGGAACAACAUCAUUUCAGACACGGAGACCCUUUCAAAGAUUCAUUUGCACCGUUGAAGGCAAAACAGCCAUUAUUGUAUGCACUACUUCUCCAAGCCUUCGAAUUUCGCCAGGCUUCUUUUCUCUUCACAGGCAAGACGGAUCAAGACCCCAAGAAGAAUCACAAUGAUCCUCUCUCGAUAUCAGCCACAUCUCAACGCAUUCGUCAAUCCAUUGAUGGCGCCUUAUGCAACUCAGCACUUGCAUGUCUUCUGUCCUCCAAAUCCGAAGACCACACAACUUGCGAAGAUAUCCUGUAUUAUUAUGGACCACGACCCUUCAAGUGCAAAUUUCCAUUGUGCAAAUUCUGGCGCCACGGCUUUCCAACACGUGGCCUCAGGUAUGAGCACGAGAAAUCACAUGAUGUUCUUCUACAAUGCGACGAGCCUGGCUGCGUUUACAAAGAAAUCGGUUUCUUGUCCGAGAGGAUGCGGCGACUUCAUUCGCAGACAGCUCACCGAAACACUCCAGCAUAUGUCCCACAACGGAGCUUUGAUGGUCAAGAACUCAGUGUAGCUGAAGUUGAGACCAUUCUCUCUGAUCUGAUAAAACAUGAUGAAAUCGAACGUGUCCGGGAAGUUCUUGGUCUAUUUCCAAACGCCUUAGAUGAAGGCGAAACUCGACAUAAAUUGCAGUUACUUGCUGCAUCCAAUGCUUCAGGCAAUAUGCUCCAGCUUUUGGAAAAUCCAAUAAAUGACGGGGGUCUCGACGCCGAGGAGCGGAAGGAGGCACACGCAUGCAUCGCAGCAUCAAUAAGAGGCCGUAAUGCUAGUGCUUUGGAACAUUUCUGUUCUCGAUUCGGAAUCCAUCUCUUCAGCAUAGACAAAAUGUACUCCCGCAAGGAUGGCAAACUGCAACGCUUAUGGCUCACAAGACAACUUGCCUCGACAGAAUGGCGCGAAGGAGUUGAGAUAUGGUGCACAUGGCUUCAAGGUUUCCGUCAACACGACAAAACCCUGAACAAUAUGCUCAAGCGCCUGAUAGAUCCCAGCAUCCUCAGUGCAGCAGCAUCGCAUCCGGCUGGGGACCAGCAGCUGCUCGAUAUGUGGCGUAAACUGCGGAUCUUUCCCAUUGUGGGCCCGCGAUGUGUCAAUCAAGCCCUUAAGAACGUUGCAGGUUCCGGUUUGUCAAUUCUUUUGGCGACAUAUCUACUUGACUUAGGUGCGGAUGUCAAUGACAGAAGAAAAUAUAAGAUAACAGCCCUUCAUCGCGCUGCUCAGCAUGCAUCUGCCAAGGGGGCUGAGAUGAUGAGACUUCUACUCCUACACGGCGCUGACCCUGACUUGAACCAAGAAGCUCAUACUGUUCCGCAGAGGGAAGGAAGUGAUGUGCUAAUGCCAGGCAGGAGAAUACAAGACGAAAAAGGUGCAAAAGCCAUUCAUCAAUGGUUGGGGAUGAGUUGGGAUGAGCUUGUGGAGGACACGAAGCAAAAGCAAGUGGGGGCUGGGAAGCAAUUGAUCGAAGAAUUGUUGAAGGGUUAG